GGUUUGGCACCAGGGCUCGGGACAUCGGAGUUCACGUAACUCAUGUGGUGGCACAGACAAAGCAAACCUGGGGCAAGGAAAGGGCGGGCGGAACCCAGCUGUACCCGGCAGCAGAACCCACCGCCCGGCGGCGCCGCCACACGCACAGCAAGAACCAUCCGGCGGCUCUAGCACAACACCGCGACGCACUACUGCGCCUGCGCACUGCGAGGCCAUGACCCUGAAUCAGCCUGCGAGUAGGAAGCGCAUGCGCAACAGGUGGGGGAAAGAAUAUGGAUAACCACUAGUGCGCAUGCGCUCUAAAACCGCUUCCUCUCCGUAGGGAGAUGACGCAUGUGAGACCCUCUCCAGACCCGGGAAGGCGGAGUGGAACGCUGAGGUUGACGGCGAGGCGCAUGCGCUAUAGGGAGACACACCCCCCCCUCGAUUGCAGGAUUGGGCGCCGAAAUUCUGUUUCCGGUUAGCUUUCCUCCGUAUCCGGGUCACUGCGCCGCGUGGCUGUUGUUACUGAUUAACGCGCUAAUAAAGUUACACUUAAAAAAAAAACCUGCCAGCGGUCGCCUGACUCUCGCGCGCGUGUUCUCGCCCGGCUGCGCUCCGAGCCUCCACGCGACAACGGCGCUGCCGGAGCAAGAGUUAACAGUCUUGGCCAAUGGCUGCUUCAGGAAAGAUGGCUGCUUUCCGUCUACCUCCUCUGCCAACUGUUAGAGAGAUUAUUAAACUGUUUAAUCUCCGAGCACAAAAGCAGCUAUCCCAGAAUUUUCUCCUGGAUUUGAGAUUGACAGAUAAGAUAGUAAGACAGGCUGGCAAGCUGAAAGAUGCCCAUGUCUGUGAGGUGGGCCCUGGGCCAGGAGGAAUUACAAGAUCCAUUCUCAAUGCUGAUGUUGCUCAACUCCUGUUAAUUGAAAAAGAUACUCGAUUUAUUCCAGGACUGCAGAUGCUGUCUGAAGCAGCUCCCGGAAAAGUGCACAUUGUUCAUGGGGACAUUUUGACAUACAAGAUGGAGAGAGCUUUUCCAAAACACCUUCAAAAGAAGUGGGAAGAUGAUCCACCAAACGUGCAUAUCAUUGGAAAUCUGCCGUUCAGUGUUUCAACUCCUCUGAUCAUCAGGUGGCUUGAAAAUGUUUCCAGUAGAGAUGGACCUUUUGUUUAUGGCAGAACUCAGAUGACUUUGACUUUUCAGAAGGAAGUGGCAGAGAGGCUCACAGCCACCAUAGGAAGCAAGCAACGUAGCAGACUGUCCAUCAUGUCUCAGUACCUCUGCACUGUUCAAGACUGUUUCACAAUUCCAGGUCGAGCCUUUGUUCCAAAACCAGAGGUGGAUGUGUCAGUAGUGCACUUUACCCCUUUGGUGCAACCAAAGAUACAGCAACCCUUUAAGCUGGUGGAAAGGGUCGUUAAAAGUGUUUUUCAGUUCAGAAGAAAAUACUGCUGUCGGGGAGUGGGAAUCCUGUUUCCAGAAGCUGAACGCUUGGAAAAAAGUGAACAGAUGCUGAUGUUGGCAGAUGUGGAUCCAAUUCUGCGUCCAGCUCAGCUCUCCAUUUUACAUUUUAAAAACCUGUGUGAUGCAUACAGGAAAAUGUGUGAUGAAGAUACAAACCUUUUCAGUUACAACUACAGGGAAGAACUGAAGCAGAAGAAGAGAACUAGAAAAAAAAGAUACUUGGAGCAGUCUGAACAGGGAGACUAGCUCUAACAAAUCAGGCACACACUUUUUUUUUUUUUAGAUGCACAGUCUAUAAAAAGGCGACUGUUUUCAAGAUUACACAUCUAUAUAUACACACUUUGUUGAAAUACUGGAGGAAUAGGGCGAGGGUCCUAUCUUCCUUAUUUAUUCCAUUCUGCUAUACAGAAAGAGGAUGCCCUGAAUAUGGGAUCCUUAACCUGCUAAGGUUCGGUGUAUUUUCCACUCUACC